ACCCCCACCCCCCCGCUGGGGAGAGGAGACCGCGCUCCGGGCUUUUCAGUUUUGAGAUCGGCAUCGUGGUGGGCAUCGGAGCAGCGCCGAGCUGGGGCCGACCGGUCUGGCAGCCUUCCGCUUCCUUCCCGGCUGGAUCGGUCCCUUAGCUACCGAUUAUGCCGCUGCCUGUGGCUCUGCAGACCCGUCUGGCCAAAAGAGGCAUCCUCAAACAUCUGGAACCUGAACCAGAGGAGGAAAUCAUCGCUGAAGACUAUGACGAUGACCCUGUGGACUACGAGGCCACCCGGCUGGAGGGCCUGCCACCAAGCUGGUACAAGGUGUUUGACCCUUCCUGCGGUCUGCCCUAUUACUGGAAUGUGGACACAGACCUCGUGUCCUGGCUCUCACCACACGACCCCAACUCUGUUGUGACUAAAUCUGCCAAGAAGCUCAGGAGCAGUAACACAGAUGCUGAGGAGAAGUCGGAAAGGAGCCACGAGAAGUCAGAGAGGAGCCAUGACAAGUCGGAGAGAAGCCAUGAGAAGUCAGAUCGGAGCCACGAGAAAUCAGAGCGAGAAAGAGAGCGUAGCUAUGACAAAGUGGAGAGAGAGAGGGAGCGGGAUCGGGACCGGGACCGGGACCGUGGCUAUGACAAGGCUGACCGAGAAGACGGCAAGGAACGACGCCACCACCGCCGGGAAGAGCUAGCUCCCUACCCCAAAAGCAAGAAGGCAGCAAGCCGGAAGGAUGAGGAGCUAGACCCCAUGGACCCCAGUUCAUACUCAGAUGCACCCCGGGGUACAUGGUCAACAGGACUCCCCAAGAGGAACGAGGCCAAGACUGGGGCGGACACGACAGCUGCCGGACCCCUGUUCCAGCAGCGGCCUUACCCGUCCCCCGGGGCUGUGCUCCGUGCCAACGCUGAGGCCUCGAGGACCAAGCAGCAGGACUGACCCUCUAGCAUAGUUUCCACAUACACAUUGUCACCCAGCAGUUUUGAAUAAUAAAAUCUUGGUCAGUGGA